AUAUCGAAAAAGGAAAAAGAAUGCCUUGUUCACUAUAUUCGAAAUGCAUUGAAGAACACAUAUAGAGGGGGGAAAGUGUAUCGCAUGCUAAAGUAACCGAAGUCAACUACAAGAUUUUUCUACUUUAAAAUCGUUGAAUCUAAGAAAUGGAAAUUCUGAGAAUACUAUAGCCGCUGUUUUAUGAAGAAUAAAGAGUUUUAUUGCAGAACAUACCUGGAUAUUAUAAAGGAGAUCUAUGAAUUCCUCCAGAAGAAAUGAAGUCAAAAUGGCACAAUGAAUAUGAAGUUAAUUGUGCUUUAAAAAAUAUUAAAGCUGGUUCCAUUGAAACUCAUAGGGAUAUGAGUAAAAAGAAGAUAGCCGUGAUUGGAGCAGGCAACACGGGCAUGGUAUCCAUAGCCAUGCUAAAGGAAGAAGGUUUGGAACCAGUGUGUUUUGAGAAGACGAGCAAACCUGGAGGAACCUGGUACUACCGAGAAGAGACAGAAGAUGGCGUUCCAUCUAUUAUGCCCACCACAAUCAUCAACCACAGUAAAGAAAUGGGGGCGUUUAGUAAUUUUCCCCCCUCAGAGCACUAUAAUAACUACAUGAGACAUUUUGAACUGUAUCAGUAUUUUAUGGAGUACUGGAAUACAAAAGACUGUCUGCGCCAUGUGAAGGUAAACAUGGAGACAAUAAGUGUCGUACGUGCUGAGGAUUACGAAAUGAGUGGGCAGUGGGUUGUAACAGUGAGAAGUACUCUUACUGGUGAAAUUACAAGUGAUAUAUUUGAUGGUGUUAUGGUAUGCGUUGGGCAUAUCAACCGCCCUAAAAUGCCCACCUACCCUGGACAAGAAAGGUUUAAAGGUAAAAUAAUUCACAGCCACAGUUUGAAAGGUGUAGCUGAGUACCAAGGACAAGUUGUCGCUGUUGUUGGAAUGGGAUGUUCCGCUUUAGAUGCUGCAGUUGAAAUCAGCCAUGUUGCUAAACAAGUAUAUUUAAGUACAAAAACUGGAGCAUACAUAAUGACAAGAGUGGGACCGAAAGGCUAUCCCAUGGACUAUGUACUACUGCGUCGUUAUAUGACAUUCUUUUUGGAUUACCUUCCAAGAGAUGCUUGCAGUAAAUACAUUGAAAUGAAAUACUUGAAUCCGAAGUUCGAUCAUAAAAUGUACAGUGUACAACCUAGCUAUCAUAUGUUCUCCAAGGAUCCAGUUAUUAAUGACCACAUUGGGUCUAAACUCUUAUCUGGAUCUGUGAUUCAGAAAACUGAUAUUGCACAUUUUACAGAAGACGGAAUACUAUUUAAAGGUGAUGAUCAUAUUACAAAAAUAGAUUCUGUGAUUAUGGCUACUGGCUACACGUGGAAAUUUCCACUUUUAGAAGAGGGAAUAGUUCUACAAGAAGAUGGUGUCAUAAAUUUGUACAAGUGUAUCUUUCCCCCUCAACUAAGACAUCCCACAUUGGCAAUUAUGGGUUUUAUUCUAGUGUUUGGACCCGGUUUCCCGGUUUCCGAAAUGCAAGCUAGAUGGGUCAGCCAAGUAUUGAUGGGCAAGAAGACACUCCCGUCUCAAAAAGUGAUGGAAAAAGAUGUGAGAAGUAGGUACAAAACUAAUUCAAAGAAAUAUGCUCCAAAUGACAAGAUGUCUAUCAGAGUUGAUUACGUACAAUACAUGGAUGAAAUAGCAUAUUUGAUAGGUGCGAGACCAAAUUUUUGGAAAAUGUUUUUUACGGACAUAAAAUUGUAUUGGAGAUUAGUUUGGGGUCCAGCUCUAGCUUAUCAAUACAGAUUGAAAGGACCACAUAAAUGGAAAGGUGCUAGACAAGCAAUUCUGACAAGUAAACAAAGAUUAUUAUCACCAUUACAUAGAAAUCGAGACAAUAGAAAUCAAGUUCACGUUAAUUUAGCAUAUUCCUCGUAAACGAAAAUUUCUAGAAAAAAAUGUCAUCUAUAAAACUACAUAUUAAAAGUACUAUUAUGAAUAUUUGAGAGGGCUCUCAUAGCAUUUAUAUAAAUUUUAAAAGCGUAUGAAGAUUAAUAAAUAACUUGUUUCUUUG